AUGACGUGGCGUGAGCUACGGAGUCGGCAGUUCUGGCGAGCCAUGCUGGCAGAGCUGCUCGGCACCCUGGUGUUAGUGAGUGCCGUGCUGGGUGCCUCUGUGCCAGGCCCUGGUGAGGCCCCUGUGGGACCCCUGUACCCAGCUGUAGCAGUGGGUGUGGUGAUUGUCGCGCUGGGGCACUGUUUUGGAGAAAUAAGUGGGGCACAGGUGAACCCUGCAGUGACUCUGUCUCUGUUGGCCACUCGGAGGCUGGAUGUUCUCAGGGCCCUUGUUUAUAUUGCUGCACAGUGUCUGGGGGCCUCUUUAGGAGCCGGGGCCCUCUACCUGGCCCUGCCGCUGAAAACCACUGCAGACCACUUCAUCAACAGGGUGCCCAUAGAGUUGAAUGCAGGCCAGGCGCUGGGCAUAGAGGUUUUGUGCACCUUCCAGAUGGUGUUCACUAUCUUCUCAGUGGAGGACCAGCGACGGAGGGAGAGCCCAGAACCAGGAAACUUAGCCAUUGGAUUAGCCCACACUGCUGGAGUGUUAAUAGGGGCACGAUUCUCUGGUGCGAGUAUGAAUCCUGCACGUUCCCUGGGCCCAGCCAUCAUCACUGGCUUAUGGGAAAACCACUGGGUUUAUUGGAUUGGACCAGUGCUUGGUGCUGUGUUGGCCGGAGUGUCCCACGAGUUCUUCUUUGCACGCAGCGCCUCUCGCCAGAAGCUGGUGGCGUGUCUGACCUGUAAGGACAUUGAGAUUGUGGAGACGGCCAGUAUGACCGGAUCAUCGCUGUCCACUGUCACACAGAACGCCAUGAGAGCUAAACAGGCCAACAAACAAGAGAACAACUGA